GGAAAUGGCAUAGGGACGGUGGAGCUGGAGCGUAGAUGCGCAGCAGCUACAAGGAAACGUCCACUAUGGCUGAGACCCACAGUUUACAGGACCUCCAGCAGCCAGCUGUGUCCUCCAAGGUGUUUGUCCAGAGAGACUACGGCUCAGGAACCAUCUCCAAGUUCCAGACCAAGUUCCCCUCUGAGCUCGAGUCAAGGCUUGAUAAGCAGCAGUUUGAGGAAACCAUCCAGACUCUCAACAACUUGUACGCAGAGGCAGAGAAACUAGGGGGGAAGUCUUAUUUGGAGGGCUGCCUGGCUUGUCUAACUGCCUACACAGUAUUCCUCUGUAUGGAAACACACUAUGAAAAGGUGUUGAAGAAGAUUUCGAGGUACAUUAAGGACCAGAAUGAGAAGAUUUAUGCUCCCAGAGGCUUGCUGUUGACUGACCCCAUAGAGAGAGGCCUCAGAGUCGUUGAAAUUACCAUCUUUGAAGACAGAAAUAUUGGUUCUGGAAGAUAAAGAACCGUUGGUAUGGAGUCUUUCUGGUGUAUUAUUUUAAUGAAAAAUCAUUAUCACCACUGUAUCACCACAUUUGAGCUCUUAACUCAAGAUAUCUGGAUUUUAUUAAGGGAUUUUACUUAACGUCAGCCGUGAAGCUUGUUCUUUUUAGCCACAAACGGAUCACUGACCACUUUUCAUUUAAUUAAAUGUGUGAUCACUUAAGCAGGACAUUUACUACUAUCUAGUGCUCAUAACACUAGAAUCUUCAUUGUCUGUACCCGUUGACUAUUCUUCAUGACAUAAUAUUCUUUCUUUCUACCUCCUCAGUAUAUUUGUUGACCAGAAACUCAUCAUCUGUCUGGCAGCAAAUAUUCAGAUGUCUGCUUCACCUGAAUCGAUGUAUAUAAUUUAGAUCUGAUCCUCUUCUCUGUUAUUUAUGAGUACUCUACUGUCUGCCUAUCCUAACAUGUUUGUAAAUGUGUGUUCAUGUCUAUUUGAUACAUGCAGUGAUGUACAAAUCAUGUCCUAGUUGAUCAAGACAGUUCUUUAUGAACAGUGCCAUUGUGUUAAAUGCCUCUUUUUGACCAUGGUAAAUAUAAGUGAUUUCACUUGUGUAUGUUUUUUUUUUUGCAAAUAAUAUAAAGUCAAAUUAUGUAUGUAGUCACCAAGAACUGUUAAGAGAGUUGUUGGCCCGGUUCGUAAACUAUAACCCUGUUAUGGGCAGCGCUCCACAGUGUUGACAUGCUGGUUGUAGCCUUUGUUGAGGCAAAUGUUUUGUUAUCAGUACAUGAAUGUGACACUUUUUUUUGGGGGGGAGAGUCUUGUCUUGUAAAAUAUGCACUUGGAAGUUCUGAACUGGAUUUUUGUGACUGAAGAUGGAGCAUGUAUACUGUUUGUACGUCCAUCACAAUAUAACAGCGUGACCUGGUAGAUUUUGAGAAGUUUCCAUCUGUGUCAUAGUACAACAUCACUAAAUCUUAGUCAAGUCCUGUUACAUGUUUCCCACGAGAUGCACCAUCUAUAUUACGAAUGUCCUCCCACUUAUCCAUAAUCACCAAACGCUACAGAAACCUUAAACACUCUCAACACCACAGAUGAUUGCUAUUGGUGUUUGAUGCAGCUGGUUUACUUUUCUAAUAAAUAUUGUUCUGUUUUAUCUAAAUAAAAUGUCCUGCCUGAAAUAUGUAUAA